CUGCACCACGGUAUGACACCGCAUACAAGGGCGUGCUUGUACUCGGCAGGGCGAGCCGGCACUUGAAUUCACGCCUUGGAGUCUCGCGUUGUCGCUGCGGAGGAAGUGUUCGAAUAUUGUCCACUUCGUACAUAACAGGUCUCUGCCGUUAUGGCUUCACACAUGAAAGCCCCAAAGCCAUUGACGGUUGUAAUCAAACUGGGCACGAGCUCAAUUGUAGACGAGAAGACACAUGAACCUCUACUUCCCAUCCUCAGUCUGAUCGUAGAUACCGCCGUCAAGCUCCGUAAAGAUGGACACAGGGUAGUCAUUGUCUCUUCUGGCGCCAUCGGCGUCGGUCUUCGCCGUAUGGACGUUCAGAGGCGGCCGAAACACCUCUCAAAACUCCAGGCCCUGGCCGCCAUUGGGCAAUGUCGGCUCAUAAGUCUGUGGGAUAGCCUUUUCGGCCACAUGAGACAACCAGUAUCCCAGAUCCUGCUGACGCGAAGCGACAUCGCUGAUCGGACGAGGUACCUCAAUGCCCAGAGCACAAUGAACGAACUGCUCGACAUGGGCGUCAUCCCCAUCGUCAACGAGAACGACACACUGGCUGUGGCCGAGAUCAAGUUUGGCGACAACGACACGCUAUCUGCCAUCACGGCGGCCAUGGUCCAUGCCGACUUCCUGUUUCUGAUGACCGAUGUCGACUGCCUGUACGACAAGAACCCUCGGGCGUACCCGGAUGCCCAACCAAUAGAAGUGGUUGAGGACAUAGGGUCCAUACAAGCUGAUGUAUCGAGUGCUGGGUCGUCACUCGGCACCGGCGGCAUGGGAACCAAGAUCAUCGCUGCUAGGCUCGCGACUUCAGCUGGCGUGACAACCGUCAUCACGAAAUCCUCGCUCCCCGGGAACAUCGUCAAGAUCGUGCGAUACGUGCAAGCGCAGAAGCCGUCCAGCACACCACCACAGGAACCUGUCGAGGGGGACGCCGCAGACGACCUGCUGUCACGAUCGACUGCAUCCCUCGCCAUUGAUUCUCUUGAGAAGCCGCCACUACAUACCAGAUUCACACCCCUCGAGCACCCCCUGCGAGAUAGAUACAUCUGGAUCCUGCAUGGCCUCGCGCCGCACGGCACAAUAUAUAUCGAUGCCGGCGCGCAUAGAGCAUUGUCGGAAAAGGCCGGCCUCCUUCCCGUCGGUGUUGUGGACGUCGAAGGCCCUUUCGGUCAGCAGGAAGCCGUGAGACUGGUCGUCGUUGAGCGGAGGGCCGCGCCAGGACCGGACGGUAGGUUGUGGGAGGGUCAGCCAGUCGAAGUCGGGCGGGCGGUGGUGAAUUAUGCGGCCCCCGAGGUUCUCCGGGUCAAGGGCAAACGGAGUCGAGAGAUCAAGUCGCUGCUCGGCUACGCGGACAGCGAGUACAUUGCCGACAGGGACAAUGUGAGCUUGAUGCGGCGAGAGAGCAGGCCCGUUUCUCCAGCACCACUAGAGGCUGUCGUUGCGGAAGUUGCUGUGGGAGGUGUGGCUGCAUACGAGAACGGUCCGAUUUUAUAGAGAAACGUCCGGAUGUGAAGGAGAGGAUUCAUAAGUCGAACAUAGACAAAUCAUACUGAGGGUCAAGGACGCUCAAACUCUUGGCUUGCGAUUAACCAA